CAUAUAGCCGGGCGUUCGCGUAUAAUUGCGAGCUACUGACAGCUACAAGAGCAAUGCGAGACAAGGGGUGUAGCUGAGACAAAGCAGAACCCAGUUUUUAAAAAUCACCUCAUUAGAAUAUUAUUUUGUAUUCGUUUACAGGAAAGCACGCAGCUAACAUGUCGGUGCUGGCUUUGCAAGAGUAUGAAUUUGAGAGACAGUUCAACGAGGACGAAGCCAUCCGAUGGAUGCAAGAAAACUGGAAGAAGUCCUUCCUGUUCUCAGCACUCUACGCCGCCUGCAUACUCGGUGGACGUCACGUCAUGAAGCAGAGAGAGAAGUUUGAGCUGAGGAAGCCACUUGUGCUUUGGUCUCUCACCCUCGCUGUCUUCAGUAUAUUUGGCGCCGUACGAACUGGGAGCUACAUGACAUACAUCCUGAUGACCAAAGGGCUCAAGCAGUCUGUGUGCGACCAGAGUUUCUACAACGGGCCGGUCAGCAAGUUCUGGGCAUACGCUUUUGUUCUCAGUAAAGCACCAGAACUGGGAGACACCAUGUUCAUCGUGUUGAGGAAGCAGAAGCUCAUCUUCCUCCACUGGUACCACCACAUCACGGUGCUGCUGUACUCCUGGUACUCCUACAAGGACAUGGUUGCCGGGGGCGGUUGGUUCAUGACCAUGAACUACCUGGUCCACGCCGUCAUGUACUCCUACUAUGCCCUGCGAGCCGCAGGAUUCAAGGUCUCGCGCAAGUUCGCCAUGUUCAUAACAAUCACCCAGAUUACGCAGAUGCUGGUGGGGUGCGUGGUGAACUAUCUGGUGUACGCCUGGAUGCAGCAAGGCCAAGAGUGUCCGUCGCACGUGCAGAACAUCGUGUGGUCCUCGCUCAUGUACCUCAGCUACUUCAUACUCUUCGUCCAGUUCUUCAUCGAGGCUUACUUCAGCAAGACCAAAGCCACCGCAGCCGCUAGGAAGACCCAGUAAACACUGGGGAGGAAGACGAGGGUCUCGGAAGGGGAGGAGGGUGGGAUGAAGACCGAUGAUGGGAGGGAGGGAGGCAAGGAGGGGGGGGCGGCGGAGUGUCGUUUGAUGGACGAGCAAGGGGGGGGGAGGUAACGGGUGGUGUGGAGGUAGCAGGGGGUCGUUCGAGGGAGGGAGGGGGGGCUGAAGCAGUUGUUUCAGGAAGGAGGCUGCGGUGCUUUGAGCGCGAGAAUUUUGCUAACGCAACAACGCACGUGCCUUCUGUCACAUCACUACCGAGGAGCACAGAGGCGGUACCAUGGCAACAGGCAGUCAAUGAGCCCCUUGCCUGUACGUUUCAAAGCCCCCCCCCUCCACUUAAUUUGCCAUAUUUAUGAAUAUGAACGAGCAAAGGGACGUUUGAAUGACCAGACACAGGAACUACAGCUAUUCGUUUACUUGAUACGUAGAGAAUUAAUCGGUACUUAUGAAGGUGGGUGAAUUCAAUAUUGGACUGACACCAUGUAAGUGUUUCGUCAGUGUCUUUACUCAUUGCUGUUUGUCGUCUGGUUUUGAAAUAUUCUAUUAUUUUAUGACAGUGGCGUGUGAGAGUGAAAGGUAGGGCUUUUGUUCGAUUGCUGCUGUGUGUUGGUGGGUGAUAAUAUACGGUUGGGAAUGAAUGACUGUAUUUCUGUAGGCCUAUCCUGCACUGUAAACACAAUAUUUUCGGUGACUCUUUACUUGAAAUGAGGGUCUUCACAUGGGGGUCUUCAUGACACCUUUAUGAAACUAUUCAUUACACCUUCAUGUCUGUUGAUGUAUCAUUUACAACAACUUUCAGAACGUUACCGUCAUGUUGUUUAAAGCGGAUUUUCAAAAUAAAAGUUUGUGAAAAAAUCCUCAAAAGUCAAUGCUUUGAAAAAGUAUCAAUAUAUGCAGAAUGAAUUUGCCAUGGAGGUAGUUCAAUUCAUUAUACAUUCAGACACAAAGGUGUAAAACUGUUAAAUUAAGGUGUUAUAAAUCCAUAUGAAGACCUUAAUAUAAGUAAAGUAUAACCCAACUUUCUCAGGACUUCAUAUAAUGCAUAUCAAAAAAAGAAUAGACAGGUUAACAUUACAACUAGGUUACAAAAUGCAUCCUAAAAUGUCUUAUUUGUGCUUAGUUGAAUAAAGCAUCCUGUAAGAGUGGCAUGCUGGGAAAUGGAGUCUCACUGACAUGUUCACACCUGUAACAAACACUCAAAAGUACCAACCACACCGGAGAGUGUGCUACCAUCAAUUUCCAAAGACUGCAUUAAAGAACACGUCUCGCAAAGUCAUUUUUAGGACCAGACUGUUGUUGGAAGUUUAACUGAACUGAAAGAAUCCCAUUAAUAUUAAGAUAAAAGUAAUAGAUAAAACACGCAAUUGUCAAAAUAUACUGUAAUGACUUCAAAUAACCUGUAUUGAUUUAUGGUGUCUGUUGUGCUAUUGUGCAUCUGCACUGUAUCAAUGUAAACCAUUGUUGCUGAGAAUCUUAACGUAUGAAACCGAGUGUCAUUCUC